AGAAAAGCUGAAAACAAUUACAGAGCAGAGAGAGAAAAAAAGAGAGUGAAACAAAAAACAAACCAAGAAAGAAAAAGGAAGAGAGUAUUGCUUUGUUUGCACCCAAAAAUUUAAAGAAGUAAAAAGAACAGACAUUUUUUUAAAGAAAAAAGUUAUCUGUUUUGUUGGAGGGUUGAAACAUCUUUAACUCUUCUUUAGCCUAUCAACAUCAUUGUCCCUUUGUAUAGUUUUCACCUGCAAAGCCCUCACGGUUCUAGUUUCCAAUUUUCUCUUACUUCCAAUCUUUCUGCUUGUACUUGUACUUAAUUUUAUUUUUCUUUGCUAUUUUUGGGUUUUAGCUAUCUGGGUUUUGUUUUGAAGUUCAAAAAGUAGUGGAUAAACUUGAAAAAUAUUGAAAAAAAAAACCUUGGGUUUGUGAUCUCUGUUUUUUUUUUCUGUUUUCUUAUCUUGGUUGUAUUAAUGACUAUGGAGGAGAAAAUGGGUGGUUCCAAUCGUGAAGAUGAAGCCUUGGAUCGGUUUCCAGUUGGUAUGCGUGUUUUAGCCGUGGAUGAUGAUCCUAUUUGCCUCAAAGUUUUGGGUACUCUGCUUCUUAAAUGCCAAUAUCAAGUUACUACAACAAAUCAGGCCAUUUCAGCCCUCAAAAUGUUGAGGGAAAACAGAAACAGAUAUGACUUGGUUAUCAGUGAUGUUAAUAUGCCAGAUAUGGAUGGCUUUAAGCUUCUUGAGCUUGUUGGGCUUGAAAUGGACCUACCUGUAAUCAUGUUGUCAGCUCAUAGUGAUACCAAGCUUGUAAUGAAGGGGAUUACCCAUGGUGCUUGUGACUACUUAUUGAAGCCUGUUCGCAUUGAGGAACUCAAAAACAUAUGGCAGCAUGUGGUCAGGAGAAAGAAACCUGAUUCUAAGGAUCGAGUUAAUGCUCUGAAUCAAGAUAAGGCUUCGGGAGGAAUCGGAGAAGCUGUCCAAACAUCAACAAGCAGUUCGGACCAAAAAUUCAAUAAGAAGCGAAAGGACCAAAAUGAAGAUGAAGAAGAUGAUGGUGAAGAUAAUGAACAUGAGAAUGAUGACCCUUCAACCCAGAAGAAGCCUCGAGUUGUUUGGUCCGUUGAGCUACAUAGGAAGUUUGUUGCAGCUGUCAAUCAUUUGGGCCUUGACAAGGCUGUUCCAAAGAAAAUUCUUGACCUUAUGAAUGUUGAAGGGCUCACAAGGGAAAAUGUAGCAAGCCAUCUACAGAAAUAUAGGCUUUACCUGAAAAGACUCAGCAGUGUUGCAACCCAGCAAGCAAACAUGGUUGCUGCAUUAGGUGGUAAAGAUCCCUCUUACUUGCGUAUGGGUUCACUGGAUGGCUUUGGAGAUUUUCGUACAUUGACUGGAUCUGGAAGACUUUCGAGUGCUACACUAUCAUCAUAUCAACCGAGUGGGAUGUUUGGUAGACUGAACUCUUCAGCUGCUUUAAACCUACGUGGGAUUUCUUCUGGCGUGAUUCAACAGGGACAUCCUCAAACCUUGAGCAAUUCCAUCAAUGGUCUUGGGAAGAUCCAGCCUGUUGGGUUGCCUGCAAACCAGAAUCAAAAUGGAACUUUGUUUCAAGGGAUCCCAACAUCGAUAGAACUCAACCAACUAUUGCAAAAUAAGUCCGCUAACCACUUUGGAGAACUUAAUCCUGUUAAUAAUCCAAAUGUUUUUGGUGUUGCCACAAACUUCCCAGAUGCCAGAAUGACUGUUGGUAGCUCGAGCAGUUCUCUAUCUACACCCUCAGGCAGCCCUUUAUUGUUACAAGCAAACACACAACAGGCACAACGUAGUGGUGCGUUUGGAAACCAAUCAUCUCUUGAUGUGGCAUCGUUAAAUCAGGAAUCGUUUGACAUGGGUGUUCAUGGUUUUUCUAAUUUUGUUGAUAAUGGUAGAUGCCACGAAAACUGGCAGAACACGGUUCAAUUAUCCAGUUUCCCAUCAAAUUCGUUGUCAACAUGUGAAGCUUUUAGUCACGAGCAGUUGCAUACUAACAAUUUGCAAGAAAGCAUUUCUUGGAGGAGCUCUCACCUAAAUGAUAACCCCAUUGAUCUUUCUGCUUCCAUGGCAAAUGCAGGCCUGGAGGACUCUAGAGGAGACAUGCAGUGCCAAAUUAGUCCAAGUAAUAAUGUCAUUCACAAUAUAGAUUAUGCAGCAAAGCAACAGUGGGGAGAAAACAGUUCGUUUGCUGGUGUGGACUCCCUGGUUGCUGGUGCUCCUUAUGUUCAGCACCUUGAGGCUGGGAAAUUAGCUUUCAACACAAAACUGAGGUCCAAUGAAGACAUCCUCUUUGAGCAGAGAAAGCCGCAAAAUGAAUUCAGUCAAAACAACUUUGAGACCUUGGACGUUAUAUCAAGUCCCAUGAUCAAACCGGAGCAAUAUAACGAGACGGGGAUGAUGGAGGGGGAAUUGGGAUAUGAUGCAUUCCCCCUCGGGUCAUGUAUAUGAGACAGUUAUGCUGAUUGUGGUUGAUGCUGAUUCUGAGAUAAAAAAAACAAAGACGGUGAAAAUGGCGUAAAAAAGGCUACUCUUUAUAGGAGUCUCUGUAUCAUUAUGUAAUUUAUUCUGUGUUGCUCCAUUUUCUCUACUGAGAUUCUCUGCCCCUCCUCUUUUUCAUGUCCUUUUUACACUUUGACAUGGAAUAGUAGUUAGCUUCACUCAUGUCUUGUUGGGAGUAGUCAUUCGGUUAAAAUGUGCUAUUAGUCCCUCUACUUCUAUAGAAUUUGAGAUGUAAUUCCUGUAUUUUAAAAGUUACAUUUCCAAUUUAAAAAUCUUAGUUCAGUUA